UGUACCUGCAUGCCAGCACAGUGUGUAAGUUUAUUUAGGUACAGGUAUACGUAAGUUUAAUUAUCAGAGUAUAUAUGAAAUAUGAAAUAACUUUUAAAAAUACAGUGGACCCCCGCAUAACGAUUACCUCCAAAUGCGACCAAUUAUGUAAGUGUAUUUAUGUAAGUGCGUUUGUACGUGUAUGUUUGGGGGUCUGAAAGGAAUAAUCUACUUCACAAUAUUCCUUAUGGGAAUAAAUUCGGUCAGUACUGGCACCUGAACAUACUUAUGGAGUGAAAAAAUAUCGUUAACCGGGGGUCCACUGUACUUGAAAUUUUGGAGUUUUCAGACAUGAUGGAGAGACUUGGUGCUUACAGAGCUCACGGAGAAUGUAAACAAACUGGGUGGGGCACGAUGACCACAUUAGAAAGUCAGGUGGGGGGAGCCGUAUCGCGAGUUUUGGUCAUAAUUUGAAAUGUCUGUAUUAGCGGAAUGACAAAAAAGCAGAACGUUAUAAAGCUGGGCCCUACUGUAUAUUAGAGCUGAUAUCUACUACUAUAUUUAUUACAGUAUACAGUACACUACUGUGUAAACAUAUAAAAAUAUACAAGAAAUGCUAUAAAUGGUACAAAGGUGACAAUAAAACAAUAUCAAAGAUGGUUGACACAAACCCAUUACCAUUAUAGCAUGCUUCUCACAUUGCGACGAAUUUGUUUAACGAUGUGAUCUUAGGAACAGAACUCCUUCGUUAAGUGAGGAGAGGCUGUAUCUGAAUACAUUCACCUCCAUACUCUCUCCCUCCAAUCUGAUAUCCCAUCUCUUGUUACUUAAUUUUCUUGUUUUCCUCAUCACCUUACUUUUUCCUAUAUUCACUUUUAAUUUUCUUGUUUUACAUGAUGUUAUCUUUAAUUUUAAAACUAGCCUCUUUCUCCCGGCACUUUAGUUGCCUCUUAUGACACACAUGACUUAUGGAUGAAUGAUUCUUUACCACUUCCCCAUUACAGAAUUAAUAUUGUAAUGUUAUUUGAAUUAAUGUCAUCUUUUUUAUCAGGCAUGUGCUUGGAGAGUUGAAGAAUUACAGUUAUUGACAGACUCUGUCAUCUCCUGGGAGAUAGUGCCUCGUAAUCUACUGUUAGUUGCAAGGACCAUGCCAAAGUUAGCCAGCACUGAGUUAAAAUUGAAUGGGUUUAAAAAAACUCCUCUGCAGUGCCAAAAUCAGUGGCGCUAUGUUGUAACAGCAUUCAAACAUGGAGGUUACAAGCAACUUGCUGAACAGAUUAAUCUUAUCUAUUUAUUGAUGCCUUGUAUGCUAAACCCCAAUCUGUUUUAUUAUUAUACUGUCAAUAAUCCUAACUGGAAAAAAAAAAGAAAGCAACACAUCCAGAGUAGUCUUAUAAAAACGUCUGUGGAAGCAGAAAGGACCGAAGAGCAUAUGCUUUCAUAUGUUCAGGUUAAUGUACCACAGCUGUUAGAUCCCAAGAAAUGCCAUGACAAGAUCUCUACUGAUGAAAAACUAGAGAGGAAAGAGGAGGAAGUUGUUAGUGCAUCGUCUGUAGAAGCAGCAAAAACAAAAACAAAACAGACCAAAACACCUCUGUCACAGAGUGUAUGUGAAGAGCAUUCACCAAGAGAAAGUCCACAGAAUAUGACAAAAGAUAACCAAAACGUGGGUGUGCCCAAAAUUCCUGAAGCCAGUAUGAAAGAAACUAAAAACAAAAAUGCUUUAUGGAAUAUGCUUUCAUACUUUCGGAUUAAUGUACCACAGCUGUUAGACCCUAAGAAACAUCAUGACAAGACCUCUACUGAUGAAAAACGAGAGACAAAAGAGGAGGAAGUUGUUAGUGCAUCGUCUGUAGAAGCAGCAAAAAUAAAAACAACACAGGCCGAAACACCUCUGUCACAGAGUGUAUGUGAAGAGCAUUUACCAAGAGAAAGUCCACAGAAUAUGAUAAAAGAUAACCAAAAUGUGGGUGUGCCCAAAAUUCCUGAAGUCGGUAUGAUGGAAACUAAAAACAAAAGUGCUGCAGGGAAUAUGCUUUCAUAUGUUCAGGUUAAUGUACCACAGCCGUUAGACCCUAAGAAACAUCAUGACAAGACCUCUAGUGAUGAAAAACGAGAGUUGAAAGAGGAAGUGGUUAGUGCAUCAUCUGUGGAAGCAGCAAAAACAAAAACAACACUGACCAAAACACCUCUGUCACAGAGUGUAUGUGACGAGCAUUCACCAAAAGAAAGUCAACAGAUGGUAAAAGAUAACCAAAAUGUGGGUGUGCCCAAAAUUCCUGAAGUCGGUAUGAUGGAAACUAAAAACAAAAGUGCUACAGGGAAUAUACUUUCAGAUGUUCAGGUUAAUGCACCACAGCUGUUAGAUCCUAAGAAACAUCAUGACAAGAUCUCUACUGAUGAAAAACGAGAGAUGAAAGAGGAGGGAGUUGUUAGUACUGUUGUUAGUGCAUCAUCUGUGGGAGCAACGAAAACAACACGGACCGAAACACCUCUGUCACAGAGUGUAUGUGAAGAGCAUUCACCAAGAGAAAGUCCACAUAAGAUGAUAAAAGAUAAUCAAAAUGUGGGUGUGCCCAAAAUUCUUGAAGCCAGUAUGAUGGAAACUAAAAACAAAAGCACUACAGGAAAUAUAUUUUCAGAUGUUCAGGUUAAUGUACCACAGCUGUUAGCCCCUAAGAACUGUCAUGACGAGAUCUCGACUGAUGAAAAACGAGAAAUGAAAGAGCAGGAAGUUGUUAGCCCAUCAUCUGUGGAAGCAGUAAAAACAACAUGGACAGAAACACCUCUGUCACAGAGUGUAUGUGAAGAGCAUUCACCAAGAGAUAGUCCACAGAAGAUGAUAAAAGAUAACCAAAAUGUGGGUGUGCCCAAAGUUCCUGAAUUGAGUAUGAUGGAAACUAAAAACAAAAGUGUUAAGAUCUCUACUGAUGAAAAACGAGAGACGAAAGAGGAGGAAGUUAGUAGUGCAUCAUCUGUCAGUAUUAAGAAAAAACCAAAUGAUUUGGAAUUUGUAAGAAUUUCAGCUACAGUUUCAUCAUUAAACAAAAAGCCAUUAAAAUUUAAAGAGGUUAAGAAACGACCAGCUGAUGAAGUACAGGACAUGCCUACAUUAUCUACCACAGUAAUGAUAACUUCUCAGAGUACUCCAUCAGAGAAAUCUACCUAUAUUUUGCAGUGUGAUUCACAGGAGGAUAAAGUGCAGGUAAUGAUAUUAAAUGUAUCUAAAAGUAAAAAGGCCACAUUAAUUGAAUGCAGUACUGUGCAAGGAGUUAUUCCACCUCGAAUCAUCAGACUCUAUUAUCCCCCUAAUUGUAAACUUCCAGCUGGUCUUACACACAUGUACAUUCCAAGGAUAUUGGUUCAUUCAGAUACCGUAAACUCUAUUAAAAAAAUGAAGGUAUCACAUUCUAAUGAUAAAUAUCCUAUAAUCAAAUUUGAAAAGAACUCUAGUUCCUCAUCAUUCACUCCUUCACAUCACUCCAGAAUAAACACAGAAUCAGAAGACAAUGAAUGUGAAGAAACUGGCUUGGAUAAUUUUGAAAAUGAAUCAAAUAUUCCAUCUGUUGGUAAUAAUGGUCUAGAUGGAGAAUCCAGACGAGGGGAAGUAAUCAAAUUAUUGGAGGAGUGCAAGCAAGAAAAAAUAAGAUUGCCGAACACAUUACAAGAGAGUCACCAGCAGUAGAUAUCUCUUCUUAGGCAAGUCCUCACUGUCUUCCAACAACUUGAGCAUGUCACCCUGCGUCAGAAGGAAACAGCUGAUGACUUAAAAAAAUAUUUAGCAUUAAUAACAGAGAGUAGGAUUGCAGAUGAACAAGAAGGUUUUAGAAUGGGUAGGGAAUGUGUAAAUCAAGUGUUUACAUUGAAGUACAGUGGCUGCAAGAAAAAUUUAUACAUUUCCAAUGCAAAAAAAAAAAAAAUCCAUACACUAGAUAUUGGUGUAUACAUUUCACUUGAAUUUAUGCAAUAAGAAAAGUGGGCAGAGCUUGUGAUAACUUAGUGUACUGGAGCCCAUCUUGCUCCAAUGUUCCCCACCACCCCACACUUAGUGCUCUUCCAGAGCUGGACGAUGAAGGAAGAUUGUUACAUUGUUACUCAUUGCCCAUUUUUUUUCACUUGAUCAUGAACUUUGCCAUGCUAUAGCUCUGCUCCAAAUGGUCAGAAUGGGUCGAACUAAACUUUCAAUUGUAGAGAAGACUCGUGCACUCACCCUAUUAGAGCAAGGCAUGUCUGUGAUAUGCAUAGCUACAGACCUGAAGGUGAUUAGCAUGGCAAUUUACAACCUCAAGAAAGCAGUUGCCUCUCCCACCUGGCACUGUGCCACCUAGGAAAGUGGGGCCUGGGGCCCCCAAAAAGACUUCUUUUGGCACAGACAAGAUCCUGAAGAGGGAAGUGUUGUCAGAUCCUGCCAUAACAGGUGCAGACCUCAAGAAAAAGCAUCCUGUACUCCUGAAAGACGUUGCAGUGCGAACCAUUCAGCACCAACUGCAGAAGGAUCUGAAAAUCCCUGCUCGAUGUGCUGUCAAGCAGCCCAUGCUAAGUGAAGCCAUGAAGAAGAAACGGCUUCAGUUCUGCAAGAAGUACAAGGAUUGGACCUCAGACCAGUGGCAAAAGGUGAUGUUCAGUGACGGGAGUACCUUCAGGCUCAUCAGGAGCAGCUCUAAGAUCAUCCAUGGUCCCAGUGGUGUGUCUCGUUAUGACCCGCAGUAUGCCAUGAAGACAGUGAAGCACCCUGAGAGUAUUAUGGUCUUGGGUGCUUUUAGUGGUUAUAAGGGCA